AUUAUAUUAUAUUAUAUUAUAUACUUUCACAGUACUUGACACUUGUUGACAAAAAAGUGUAACCGCCCUUCACCGUUCCUCUGAAUUGCAUUCUCAACACACACAUUUCGUUGCAAUUUCCGGUAACUCUUUUCCUCACACCUCCAAAUUAUCCGAUGACCGGUGACAAUAACCGUCACCGGAACUAAAACCGAAAAAAACCUCUCUCAUAUUUUCUCCAUUUUCAUCUGGCAUGUCUGAAGACAACGACCUUACGCUACAAACUUUCCGAGCUCUGGUAGAAAACGCGGACCACAAAUUCGCUAGGGUUCGCGACGUACCAGCUUACGGUCGCGUAAACCAAAACCACUUCUUCCACAAGGUUUUCAAAGCUUACACGCGCUUAUGGAAGUACCAGCAAGAAAAUCGCGCGAAGCUGAUUCAGUCCGGUCUUAAACGAUGGGAAAUCGGCGAGAUCGCGAGUCGAAUUGGUCAACUCUACUUUGGUCAGUAUAUGAGAGCUAGUGAAACUAGGUUUCUUGUUGAAGCUUACGUUUUCUAUGAAGCUAUACUUAGUAGAAGGUAUUUUGAAGGAUCCGAAGCUUCUUCGAAAGAUCUAGGUGUAAGGUCUAAGGAAUUGCGGUUUUAUGCAAGGUUUUUGUUGGUUUCGUUGAUUCUGAACCGGACUGAGAUGGUUAAACAUCUCAUGGACCGGUUUGUGGCUUUGGUUGAUGAUUGUAAGAGUACUUUUCGGGAUACUAACUUUAAAGAAUGGAAGCAAGUUGUGCAAGAAAUUGUCCGCUUCACAAAAGCAGAUAUGGGCUUUAGCUUCAGGCCUAUGCGUUAUUGUGCUACAUUUGAUUCUCAUCAGGCUUCUCUUCCUUAUGUGGCUCGUUUUCAUGCAAAAAGGGUUUUAAAAUUUCACGAUGCACUCUUAGCAAGCUAUCAUCGAAAUGAGGUCAAAUUUGCUGAGCUUACAUUAGACGUCUAUAGAAUGAUACAAUGUUUAGAAUGGGAGCCUAGUGGAUCAUUCUACCAAAAACGUAUAGUUAGACCUAAGGAGAAUGGUGACAUGAUUGAUCAUUCAGGAGCUUCUGGGAUAAUAGACAUGAACCUUGCUGCAGAUAUGACAGAUCCAACUAUACCUUCUAAUCCUACAAAGGCUACCUUGUAUCGUCCAUCUGUGACACACGUGAUAGCAGUUAUGGCAACAAUUUGUGAGGAGCUGCCGCCAGACAGCGUUGUGCUAGUAUAUCUUUCAGCCUCAGGGAAGGCUGGUGUUAAUAAUGGAGGGUCAUCCAAAUAUUCAAGACACAAAGCACUUUCUCAGUCUUCCGACGAAUUGAACUCUGGAAUGUCAGAAUCUCUAAAUAAUGGCAAGAGGGAAUCAAGUUGUCAUCAUGACAAUUAUCUGUGGUUUGGUUCCAAGGGAAAUAGUGGUUCAAAUAACCUCUACCCCGGCGAUCUUAUUCCAUUCACUCGGAAACCUCUUUUCUUGAUUAUCGAUAGUGAUAACAGCCAUGCAUUCAAGGAAUUACAUGGUGCUGAAAGGGGAGAGACGGCUGCUAUAUUUCUUUCACCUUUAAGGCCGAUUUUUAAGAACCCAGCUGAUGUAAAUGUACAUAAUGGAAGCCAAUUUACCUUUUUCUUGACAGCUCCUUUAUCAGCAUUUUGUCAAAUGAUUGGUCUCAUCCCUAAUGAGUCUGAUACAGAUGUCUACAAUGAAGCUGAGAACAUAAUUGCCAAUGCUUUCUCUGAGUGGGAAGUAAUUCUUUGCUCAUCAACUAUCAUGGAUUUAGUAUGGGCACAAGUUAUAACCGAUCCAUUUUUAAGGCGACUUAUUUUAAGAUUCAUAUUCUGCCGGGCCGUGAUAUCUUUUUUCUGCCUGCCCGAGGAAAGUGAAUUACAUCUGCCACUUUGCCUACCCCAUCUACCUGCUUAUGUUGCACCAAAUUCUGAAGCUGUGCGCUCCGUGGUCGUGCAACUUGCCAAGCACUUUGAUGUUGCUGAUUCCUUUCACUUUACUAAUACAUAAGAUUUGGACAUUAUAUGCAACAAGUAAAUUGUUAGAUUUAAAUGCAGGCUUUUGAAGCUAAAGAUUCUCUGACCAAAGGAAUAUAAAAUAUAUGGGUUAACCUUUUGGGUGACAUAACAAGAAUAUCAAUGGUGGGACUUAGGCUGUCAUGUGGAGGAUCGAUUUGUUUGGUGUUGGCUGCAUCUGGUUGUUAUGUUGCUUAAUCGACCCCACCUGCUUCAUUGAAUCCAUAUGCUGUAUUUGGCGGUUUGCUCUGUAGUGUUAAAAAGGUUAGGUCGUGAUGGGUGCUGGCAAGAUAAUUGUUAGGUGAGAGUUAGUUGUAUUUGUUCAUAUUUCAUAGUUUUUUUCGGUGGUUCAUAUUUCAUAGCUUUGAAAGAGAACAAACAGGAAGUUGUUCAUAUUUCAUACCUUUGUUUAGCAGAACGGUUUUUGAAACAUUGAUUGGAGAGAGGAUGUAUUUAUGAGAAGAACGAAUUCUGUCAA